AUACAUAAUUUAUUACCAAUUGUUUUUUUGAUCGUGUUGUAGUGAAUAAUGUUUGUGUUAAGUGUUGUGUGAAACGAUGUGCCACAAGGUCGAUUUAUGUACGAUUUAAAUUGGGUGACAAGAUUGUUUUAAUUCGGUUACAUUUGUUUGGUUACGCUAUGCCAGAUAUUCAAAAUAACGCCGACAAACAGGUCGCAGAGGAGGAGGGCACAGAGCUGGAGCUUGAGGCCCUGUACCGGAGGUACUGCGUGCGGUUGAAACAUGCGCUGUUCGUAUCAGCGUUGUGCGUCACGCUACUCUGCUGCUUCAUACUGUUGUGUGUUGUGUGCAUACAGCAUUCACAUGAAUUAACUACGCAAGUGAAGUCGAUAGCAUCUCUGUCAGUGAUAACGUUUGUGUUAUCAAUAGUGCUAUGUCUGGCGCUAUUCCCGGCGGCGGCGGAGUGGGAAGCCCUGGCUCUAGCAGGGUCCAUGCUGGUCACCAUCAGUCUAGGAGCUGGCACUCUGAUGGCAACGCACCACGCGCCCCUGCCGCUGUUUGCACUUAUAUUGAUGGUGCACACAAUGAUGCCUAUAGCGCGGUCGGUGGCGCUGGGCGUCGCUGCGGUGCUGACGGCGGCCUACAUAGCGCUCGCGUUGGGCUUGCGUCCUGAAGGCGAGGAGACACAGUUUUAUCAACAAUUAAUCUGCGAGCUGAUCCUCCUCCUGUCAGCGAGCGGCAUCGGCGUCUACUACCGGGCGCUCACCGAGCGAGCCCACAGGAACACCUUCGCGGGCACCAGGACCUGCCUGGAGCAGAGAGUAAAGUUGGAAUGCGAGAGAGAGCAACAGGAGCGCCUGCUGCUCUCAGUCAUACCGGCGUACAUUGCUGCUGAGGUCAAACGGUCCAUCAUGCUCAAGAUGGCGGAUGCCUGCGCCGACAGCUCCAAGCAGACCCGCUUCCACGAGAUGCACGUCCAGAGACACAACAACGUCAGCAUCCUAUACGCCGACAUUGUGAACUUCACUCCGCUAUCUGAGAGACUCAGCGCCUCUGACCUGGUGAAGACCUUGAACGAACUCUUCGGGAGGUUCGAUCAGAUUGCUCAGGAGAACCAGUGCAUGAGAAUCAAGAUUCUAGGAGACUGUUAUUACUGCGUGUCGGGACUGCCGGUGUCGAGGCCCAACCACGCGUACAACUGCGUCAACAUGGGGCUGCAGAUGAUUGAUGCUAUACGGUUCGUUCGGGAAGCAACAGGCUUCAACGUGGACAUGAGGAUCGGGAUCCACACCGGCAACGUCCUUUGCGGUGUGCUCGGUCUUCGAAAAUGGCAGUUCGACGUUUGGAGCGAUGACGUCACGCUGGCCAACCAUAUGGAAUCUGGUGGAAUCGCCGGACGGGUGCACAUCACAAAAGCAACGAUGCUUCAACUCGGCGGCAGAUUUGAAGUGGAACCAGGGGACGGAGCGUCCAGAGAAGGGUACCUAGCGGAUCAUAAAGUGGAGACCUACCUGAUCGUGCCGCCCAAGAAACCAUCAGAAAACGGCCGCCUUUCGGUAUGUACAGUUGACCGAAAAGCCAGCAUUGUCUCUUCGAUAUACCAAGAUAUAUCACCAACAAAACCCAGGGAUAACAUCAGUCCAGCACCUUCCCAACACAGCUUUGUGGAUGAGGCUCCUGUGAGGGUGCUCAGAACUGAAUCUAUGAGGACUACACCAGGAGAUCUCAGCAGACGAGCAUCAGUGAAAGUCGACGGUCCGAAGACAGUAGCAUUCGAAGGCGGCAACCUCGCCACCAGCCCUGGUGAAGGGCUAACGAAUGGUGCAGUGGUGACCAAGCCGAAGAGUAGAAGUGGAUCCAUUGCUGGAGCUAUCAGUCCUAUCAUGGGAACAGCCACUCCUGGUGUACCGACCAGAUCUCGUCCCUCCAGUAAGAUGACCAAGUACGUGGAGUGCUGGGGAGCCGAUAAACCUUUUGCCAAUAUCACUGAUUCUACCCUCGCCAAGAACAUUGGUAUUUCUAGUCUUGCCAUGAUUGAACAGAAUCUAUUGCCUCAGAGAACAACUUGCUGUGAUUGCACCAACAACUCAGAAGGUAUGACGCCUCUCACGCUGUGGUUCACGAAUCCCUCCCAAGAGCGCCAGUACCGCGGGCAGGCGGACCCUCUCUUCAAAUACAACGUGGGGUGUGCCGCCUUACUGUUUCUACUGCUCGCCUUCAUGCAACUGCUUACUGUGCCUAAAGGUAUAGUACUGUACGCAUCAUUCGGCCCUACACUAAUAACGUUAUUAGUGUUUGUGUAUCUGUCGUGGUAUGAUGGCCACAUGUUCAAGCGAGGGUUACUCCAGCUGUCUGACGUGCCGGUGUUAGCUGAUGAUCUGUACGCUGACAACUGCACGAAGCCAGGACAGGUGGUGACGAGCAAUCGUUUCAUACGACUUACGAUGUUCUUAGUAUCCGUGUUGCUGAUAGGCGCUUGUGCUGUUAUCAAUUUGUUCCAGACAUACGUGAUCCAAGACUUUUCGAUAUUCGAAGAUUUCAACAUCACUAAGUCGCAGAACUUGACCGGCAACGUCACGGAUCUGAUGCCGGACUUGAUCGUUUCACCACAAUUGUUCCCGGACGUUGAUUCGGCGCCGACGUACCUGUACAGCUCGGUGCUGACGCUGGCGUCCAUCUCGGUGUUCCUGCGCGCGGGCUACGUGCUGAAGCUGUUCCUCACGGGCCUCGCCCUGCUCACUCACAUCGCACUCUUCGCCUCCACCGAGAUCUUCAACGAGUACCACAAGAGGGACUUGGACAACGAGUUCUCAAUGUUCCCCUACGCAGCUAAAGCUGGUCUUGUCCUGGUGUUCCUGGCGGCGCUCCUGCACAUCCUGGAUCGGCAGAUCGAGUUCACGUCCAGAACUGACUUCCUGUGGAAGGACAAGCUUAAAUUCGAACAGGAGGAAGUGGAGACCAUGCGAGGGAUUAAUAAGAUUCUCCUCGAAAACAUUCUGCCAGCGCACGUGGCGGAACAUUUCUUGACAUCAGUCGCUUCGGAGGAGGACCUGUAUCACGAGCGGUACAGCAGCAUAGCGGUGAUGUUCGCGUCGAUCCCCAACUACAAGGAGUUCUACGACGAGACCGACGUCAACAAGCAGGGGCUCGAGUGUCUCAGGCUCCUCAACGAGAUCAUCUGCGACUUCGACAAGUUAUUACUGAAGCCGAAAUUCAGCUGCAUAGAGAAGAUCAAAACGAUCGGCAGCACGUACAUGAUCGCUUCAGGACUCCGGCCCGGGAAGGAAGAUCAGACCGACGCGAACACGAAAGAAGAGCACACAGUAGCGAUACUAGUGGAGUUCGCUAUCGCUCUGAUGACGAUAUUGGACCAGAUCAACAGGGAGUCCUUCCAGAGGUUUAAACUUAGGAUAGGUCUGAGCCACGGGCCGGUGAUCGCGGGCGUGGUGGGCGCGCAGAAGCCGCAGUACGACAUCUGGGGCAACACCGUCAACGUCGCCUCGCGCAUGGACUCCACCGGCGUCAUGGGCCGCAUACACGUCACCGACGACACCGCCAAGGUUCUCAUGAACGCAGGGUACGUGUGCGAGUGUCGAGGUCCAACCUACGUCAAAGGAAAAGGGACCUUAACGACAUACUUCGUCAAAACGCCUAAUAGCACCGGGGGGCUUUAAAUAAUAUAGUAAUAUUGUCGAUAUAGUCAGGAAUAUUAAAGAAAACCAUGAAAAAAUAGGUAUGAAUUUAUUUUUUAAAUUUGGUUUCAUUUAAUAAAUGCCCCUCAAACACUGCGUAGAUUAAUAAAGGAUAUUAAUUUGGUCUUUACUUCAUACAUAUUAAGAUCUAUAUUCGAAUGCUUAUGCCCGUGAUAUUGCCUAUUAUAAAUAACAAAUAGAUACCAAAAAUAACCUGUAUUAUGUUGUCUAUUAAAUAAUGUAAUUUUAUUUGACAGAUAUCAUAUUAUACAACUAAUGUAGAUAGUACUCAUUUUAAUAUUUAUUUGAAUUGUAUAGAGUGACUUUUGUAUUUGGUCGGCUUAUACAUUUGAGUAAUAAAUAUUUAAUCAGAGGUUAUGAAACAGGUCCUGUGUUUUUGUAGCAGGAGAAAUCAGUUUAAAGUUUAGAAGUAUAUAAUUAUGAAUUUUUUCUCUUACUUUCAUAUUAUUUUCAGUAUUUUUAGCAAUGUAAAACAGACGUUUUCUUUCAUAUAUAUGUAUUAUAAAAUUAAUAAAGUUGCCUAAAAUAAUAUAAUUUUUAAUGCAAUAAAAUAAAUAAUAAAUGUAGCAACUGGUUUAUUGUAGUAAGAUGAAUGGAACGCCAAUACAAAUACUAAUUAAGUAUUUAAGUUGAUUGAAUAAAUUGAAUUUAAGUUUAUUUUAGAUGACUUUUUCCUGAUUUUUUCAUUGCCACUAAUACUAGUGUUAUUUAAAACGGCUAUUGUUUUAAGUAUGGUUUCAUAUGAAAAGAAAGUUUGGGCAAGUUCACUAGAUCUUUUAAAAAAUAAUGAUAGGCCUAAUUGUAAAUAUUACUGUGUUUCGAGGCAAGUGAUGUUCAUAGAUGUUUUAAAUAUAGUCUGGACACUUUGGAAGUAUUAUGUAUCUUUUUAUCAUAAAUUAUAUAAAUAUUAUAUCCGCCCGGAUAGCGAUCACUGUACUCAAGGUGUAAAACUCUCUAUAAUGGCCCAUGUAAGUGUGUCGCGUUCCGGGAUCAGCCUGUGUAUAUCCGGUGCUAACAGGCCGGCAUAAUUGUGUCGACUGCAAUCUCUCUCUCUGUAAUCAAUACUCUAUCUGGAGGCUAAUCUAUUUACUAUCAGGUGUAGUGCAGUUAUUUUGUCGUGUUCAUUAAAAACAGCAUAUAAACCUAUUAUACAGAAUGAUUUAAAAGUUGCAAGUCAAUAUUUUUCAAAUUUCUUCUACUGUCGAUAAUACACAUAUUAUUUUACUCAUAAUAUGUAUACUAUAAGCCAAAAAUAAAUACCAUAUCACGAAUAUGACAUAUAGUAUAAGUAGAUAUCUAUAAUUCGAUAUGAAAAAUAUUGCAUAAACGAAUAGAUAUUUUAGAUAGACAAUUAUUUGUUUGUAAAUAAAUUAUUUUAGGAGUAGUGUAAGAUUGCCAUAUGAAUGUUAAGAAGUGCCUGAAGGAAAUUAAUUUUAUUAGGAAUUUUGAAUUUGAUGGCUAAAUUUACAAUUUAUACCAAAAAAAAAGAUAAAAAAUGACCCAACGUUGCCUUUCUAUUGAAAAUAAUUUGACGUUGAUUCGCAAAAAGGAAUGUCAAAAUUACACUUUUGAAAAAAUGAAGAUUGAAA